AAGAGCAGGAAUAGGAAAAGUACCUCUCGAAUAUGUUGACUACAAGGAGAACGGCUGCAACUACUACUCCUAGUGCUAGCACUAGUCCAGCGUUUUGAUUUGGUCAUCAUCAUGUCGUUGAUUGUGGCCUGGUGGUUUGUGGUUAUCAGAUAUUUAAUAAUGCCGCUCACCUUGCGGUCGCUAAAAUGGAGUGUUUUGCAUUCGUCACCUGGCGGCAUUUUCACCUUCAGUACUGGAUAUUCGUUGUUGUUUAAAGUGUUUAUCUUUGUUACGCUACCACCUCUACUAUAGGUACAUCAACCCUCAAACUCAAUAAACAAUAAACUCUUCAACAUCGACCUCAUGCCAGGCACAUCAAUCAAUCAAUCAAUCAAUCAAUCAAUCAAUCAAUCAGCGAUGUGGUAUAAAUUAUAUGUUUCAUGUAUGAUGUAUGUCGGUUUUCUUUCUUGACAACACUGACGCCAGGAACGCAAGCAUGCAUGGUAUUUCUUGUGGAAGAGCCGGCAACUUUCCCGGCUUGAACUUGAGCUUCUAACGUUUACUUGAGCUUCUAACGUUGGAGCUGAAUUACUACCCAAAAAACAUAUGCAUAGAAGUCAGUGUAGCGUUCUUCUCUUAUCAAGUAAGCUUGCCGCAGUGUUUUCGCGUCCUGGUAUCAUGAUGUGAUCGUUGGACUUUCGGUACAAAGUAGAGUGAGAAGUUUCCCGAACUCUGACACACUUUGAAGUGUCUGAAUAGACGGAGACAAAAAGCCCCAAAAUGAAAUCACCACAAGUAUCACCGGCAAAGUGUCCGCUGUCUCCUUUAUUAGUUUCCUUCACUCAUCAUCAGUUAAAUCACAUCAAGUUGUAUCAGUUUCCUCCGGUACCUCAUCUGUAUUUAUCCUUCGCUGUCUUUCUGUGCUAUCCCGCGUUUUUUUUUUGUCGUCUGUCGUGAAAUGCAAUGUUUCCAAGCUCAGCUUUCCUGGAGCCAUGGCUCCAGGAAGAUCGCAAGCCAGAUAACUUCUAAUUCUAAUUCUAACGUCCAGCUCUGGCUACCGAGACAAAAAUAUAUAGAUGCUUCUGCUGAAAGUAUUUGCAUGCUGUUACUAGG